AUGGCGACAAUCGAUACAUCGGUCGCUGCUCCGGCAGAUGUUGAGCAACCCCAGGCUCCCAAAAACGCCGAUUUCGACAUUGUAGAGACAUACCGCGGCCUUAUUGCUUCAGACCCCGAUCUUACAAAACCCGUCGCUGCCAUCGAAUCCCUCAUCGCCCUCCUCAACGCCCACCCUUCAACCACAGUCUUCGAGAUCCUCGACACAGUCAAAGUCCACUCCGACCGCCUUAAGGCCUCCGUCUCGAACCCCGUCCCGCUCUCCGCCGGAACAGAUCUCUUCCUCCAAUAUCUCGUUUCCUCUCUUCGCCAACAAGACGGCAGCUUCGACGCCGUGAGACAACAUCUCCUACGAAACGGACGUCUUUUUGCUCAGCGUGCUAAUGCCGCGCGAGAGGGCAUUGCGGAUGCAGGAUGGAGACUUAUCCGUGAGGGCCAGUGCAUUCUGACACACGGUGCUUCGCGAUCGGUUGUUGGAAUUCUAGAGCGUGCUGUGCAGAACCUCGGUGCGGGCAAGUUCAAGGUUAUCUACGUGCGCGAGGAGACCCGAGUUGAGGAGAGUGAUCGCAUAGUUCGCGAACUCCGCUCAAAGGGUAUUCCUGUUGCCGAGAUCGCAGAGGCUUCGGUGGCGUAUGUUAUGGGCCUGCUGCGCCAGGUCAACAUGGUGCUUGUUGGUGCUGAGGCGGUCACAUCCAACGGAGGUAUCAUCUCUCGUAUGGGUACCCUGCAGCUCUCCAAGCUGGCGGCACAAGCCAACCUUCCUUUCUACGUCGCUGCUGAGACACACAAGUUUGCGCGCAAGUUUGUGAUGGACCAGCGAGAUAUUGGGUUUAAGCAGGAUAUUCUCGACUUUAGUGUCGACACAAAGAGCAAGGAUACUGUUGAUGCUGUUGACUUCACUCCCCCAGAUUUCAUCUCCAAGCUCAUUACAGAGAAUGGGAUUAAGCUUCCCUGUUACGUCUUUGAGCAACUGCUCGAUAUCUACGGCAGUCUCAACGGUUGA